AUGGAUACCAACAUGGAGGACGUCGGACGGGCGCCCGCUGAAGCAUCGCCUGUGCAGAGCGAGCCCGCCACCAUCCCCACGCUCGACGGGUGGAUCGAGGGCUUAAUGAGCUGCAAGCAGUUGGCCGAGGGCGACGUCCAGAGGCUGUGCGAUAAGGCGCGCGAGGUUUUGCAGGAAGAGUCCAAUGUCCAGCCAGUCAAAUGCCCCGUGACGGUUUGCGGAGACAUCCACGGCCAGUUCCACGACUUGAUGGAGCUGUUCAAGAUUGGCGGGCCCAACCCCGAUACCAACUACCUCUUCAUGGGCGACUACGUGGACAGAGGCUACUACUCGGUCGAGACCGUCACCCUGCUCGUCGCCCUCAAGAUUCGCUACCCCCAACGCAUAACCAUUCUGCGCGGGAACCACGAGUCGCGGCAAAUCACCCAGGUCUACGGCUUCUACGACGAGUGCCUGCGCAAGUACGGAAACGCCAACGUGUGGAAAUACUUCACCGACCUCUUCGACUACCUGCCCCUCACCGCCCUCAUCGACAACCAGAUCUUCUGCCUGCACGGCGGCCUGUCGCCCAGCAUCGACACCCUGGAUAACAUCAGAGCUCUGGAUCGCAUUCAAGAGGUUCCCCACGAGGGCCCCAUGUGCGACCUGCUGUGGUCCGAUCCCGACGACCGAUGCGGCUGGGGCAUCUCGCCCCGCGGCGCCGGCUACACGUUUGGCCAGGACAUCUCGGAGGCCUUUAACCACAACAAUGGUCUGACGCUGAUUGCGAGGGCGCAUCAGCUCGUCAUGGAGGGCUACAACUGGUCCCAGGACCGCAACGUGGUGACCAUUUUCUCCGCCCCCAACUACUGCUACCGAUGCGGCAACCAGGCCGCCAUCAUGGAAAUCGACGAGCAUUUGAAAUACACCUUCUUGCAAUUCGACCCGUGCCCGAGAGCAGGCGAGCCAAUGGUCUCGAGACGCACACCCGACUACUUCCUCUAA